AUUUGAAGCUCAUGGGCCGCCACAACACCUGACGCUUGAAUAUCCGCCUGCUGUGCUCCCUUCCAUCCUGAAGUUCUUCAGCCUUGUGAGGCGCCGACAAGGGCCUCGCCUGAAGCGCAGUGGGGCGCCCAUGCUCGGCCAAUUAGGGAAGCGCGGGGGAUCAAGGUCCUGAAGCCCGCAGUUGCAACACCUGUGGCUGACGCAGCAGCCUCCUUCAUCCGUGGCCCCUCAGUUGGCCACUUCGGUUGGUCCAUCCGAAACUUGCUGCUUACGGGGGCCGGAAUACAUAGCAUGCUCUCGUCGCCUUCCAAGUUGCGUCUCGCGAACAGCUCAAUUGGAGCCUCACUGCGCAGCUGCUCUGCAUCGAUGCGCCCGCGACGCAUUCUUCCGUCGGACAGGUAGCAGGGCCGACUCUGCGGCCGGCACAGUGCAGCAUCCCACCGCCAUGGGGUGGACUGUAUUCUUGUUGACGUACCUUUUCGGAGGCAUCACCUUCCUCCCACUGCUCGUGAUCGUCAUCCUCGCCCAUGCGUACUUCACCUUGCCCUAUCGCAAAGAUGCCGACGCCUCGGAUGCUUCGACCUCCGCAGAUGGCGACCUGAUCCAGCCGGGCGACGACCUCGAGCCGCUGAAGGCAGCGCAGAAGGACGGGGCCAGGGCCCGUGGGGUCCGCCACGAGCCGGAUGUCGCGGCUGGCUACUUCGCCGUCUGCCGCGAGUACACGCCGAUGGGGAUCAAUGCAAAGCCGAUCGAACGGUCGACGCCCGUCGGUUCGGCCACGGUAGCCGCGCCCAGCCCAAGUGUCUACCAGACCAUGUACCGCAGCAUCUUCGACCGGAAGCAGGCCGCCGGACCGCUAGACAACAAGAACGGCGGCAGCCAGCGCCCCAAGCGGGCGGGAAACGUGUUCUACGUGGUGCUACGGCACGGCCAUUUGAUGCUCUUCGACGACGACGAGCAGCUAGAGGUUCGCCACGUCAUAUCUCUAGCGCAUCACGACAUCAGCGUAUACUCUGGGGAGCCCGUGACGCCAGAGGGAGAGUUGUUUAUCAAGCGCAACGCCAUCUGUCUCUCCCGGCGUGCGGGCGGGCCGGAAUUGGGCCCAGACAGCCAAGUUUCCAAGCCGUUUUACCUGUUCUCUGAGAACUGCUCCGCGAAGGAGGACUUCUACUUGGCCUUGUUGCGCAAUCAGGAGCAGACUUUGGCCGCGGAAAGCAGGACGCCGACCCCCAUCCAGUUCGACGUCAAGAACAUCAUCUCCUUGGUGCAGAGGCUCCACUCGUCGGAGGAACACAUGCAUACAAGAUGGCUCAAUGCCAUGAUUGGAAGAGUGUUCCUAGGCGUUCACAAGACCAAGGACAUGGAGAACUUCAUCAGGGAGAAGCUCACCAAGAAGAUAUCCCGGGUCAAGCGGCCAGCGUUCUUGUCCAACAUCGCCAUCAAGGCUAUCGACACGGGCGAGUCAGCGCCUUACAUCACAAACCCCCGCUUGAAAGACCUGACGGUCGAGGGCGAAUGCGGCGUUGGGGCCGACGUGCGUUACACGGGCAAUUUCCGGUUGGAGGUCGCAGCAACGGCGCGCAUCGACUUGGGCUCCCGCUUCAAAGCACGCGAGGUCAACCUGGUUCUUGCUGUCGUUCUUCGGAGGCUGGAAGGACACGUGCUCUUCAAGAUCAAACCUCCGCCUAGCAACCGCAUAUGGUUUUCCUUCCAGCAGAUGCCGAAACUGGAAAUGACCAUCGAACCCAUCGUCAGCUCCCGGCAAAUCACUUACACCGUCAUUCUUCGCCAGAUCGAGAAUCGGAUCAAAGAGGUCAUUGCAGAGACGCUCGUGCUGCCGUUCUGGGACGACGUACCUUUUUUCGGUACCGAACAUAAGAAAUGGAGGGGCGGAAUAUUUCACGACGACACGGUGAAGUCGCCGGCCGAUCGUGAAUCCGCCGCCGCCCAAGAAGGUGAAAUAUCCGAGGUGGCACACCUCGAGGAGACCCACGGAGUUCAGGAAAGCGACCUCCCCCAUAUGGAGAAGAGCCACAGCCUACCGGUUCUCGAGAAGAAGCCCUCGACCGGUUUAUUCGGCCGGAAGGUCUCAAGAAAGGCGAGCAAGACAGAUUUGACGUCGACAACCCCCUCGACCUCUUCGUCCAGUAUCGAGGUCAAGAAUGAGGCGAAAAGCGAGACGGGUGUCUCUCCCCCUGCGCUCUCCGCCCCCUUUGUCCAACCUUCAUCGCCCACGGUCGGGACGAUCGCAGCCAAUGCAGAGCACUUCAGGCCUUCAUCCUCCCCGCCUGAAGGGAACACAGCCGCAUCAACCAUGGCGACUUUGUCAGCGAACUCGCAAUCUCCAGCCCCACCUCAAGCGCCAAACCCCGAUGGUUUCACUCCGUAUAUCACGUCAAAGUCAUCGAGCCAGACGUCUUCCAGUUCUUCUCGAGAUGCGACCGACACGGAAAACAACACCGACAGAACACCACAAGCCCGGCGAAACACUGCUUCGUCAACCGAGAGCCACAGCGAUGGCGGAUCCCGCUCCCCGACCAUGGCCGCCAAAGCCUCCGCCCGCCGCCAGGCGGGCUCAACGGCAAGAGGUCUUUUUGGCCGCCGCGAAACAGAUUCUUCAACCUCUUUUGGGCUAACCUCGCACGGUUCGAAUGAGACGCAGAAACGGACGGCUCUAAAUGCCGUUGCCAACGCGGCUGCGUCUGCCAAGCGAUGGGGUCUGAACGCCUUCCAGCGGCGACCCGUUGAUGAAGCAGGGGCGGGUCAGGCACGGCGUAAUGAGAGUGCGUCUGGGCUAGACCUCAGCCAGCCGAUGGGACGCGGGCAGCCCCUGCCGCCGCCCGGUACGCCGCUCCCGAUGCCCGAGAAGAGAGCCCCAACUGCGAUUCCCAAGAGGAAGCCAAUCCCUCCGCCGUCAACCGAACCGCACGGUGAAGCAGUCAAGCAACAAACAAAGCAGACAAUCGAGCGCCGCCCGGUUCCGCCACCGCCUCUUCCCAAGCGACGCCACUAUCAGGAACAGGAGGCCACUGAUGACAACCUACUCGUGGUCGCUGCCCCCGCGGACUCGGAGCCGACUACCCCUCUGAGCGGGUCUCACAGUCCUUAUGUGCAGCCGUGGGUCGAAGACGCCGGGGAUUCCGAUGAUAACGACCUGUCAAAGAAUGCGCCAGCCACGGUAGCAGACGAGCAAGCAGACACAGAAGCACCAUCGCUUGCCGCGAUCCCAGACGGAAGCCGACCAGAACCAGGCGGCGUCGCCGGAAUGCCAGAAUCGGCUGUCGACGAUGACGACUUCUCGGCCUGGAUGGAUGGCCACGAGCUGGAGCACUCAGAACCGCCCACCAAUGCAGAGGCGGUCCAGGGUAUAUAAGCAUAUUCUGUAUGGAGUUUACGGUUUUCGAGGUUUGUAGUUCAGCUUGCACCUUGGCUGGAUACACGGGCGUACUGGGCGCUGCUGGCUUUUCGUCUGCGAGGACUCUGGCUGCAUCAUAUGCAUCAUUACGGGAUCGUUUUGUUUAUUUCUUAG